UAUUGCAAAUCGCAAGACACUCGAAAGUACUCACAUUUCAAAGAGAAGUAGUAGAAGGAAGGACAAGGAAGACCAAGGUCGAUGGAGCCCAUUCCUCUCAUGACUCCCUACCAAAUGGGCCCAUUCGAGUUUUCUCACAGGGUCGUGCUGGCGCCGAUGACAAGGUCGAGAUCAUACGGCAACUUCCCGCAGCCGCAUGCCAUGCAGUACUACGCGCAAAGGGCCACGGAGGGUGGGCUCCUCAUCUCGGAGGCCACCGGCGUGUCGGCCGACGCGCAGGGGAUGAGCGCCAUCCCUCACACCCCUGGGAUCUGGACCAAGGAUCAGGUCCAGGCAUGGAGGCCCAUCGUGGACUCCGUGCACGCCAAGGGCGCCAUUUUCUUCUGCCAGAUCUGGCACGUUGGGCGAGCGUCCGACAUGCAGCAAGAACCCAUCUCCAGCACCGAUAAGCCGAUAGAGAGGACUCCAGAGAACUACUCCAUGGACUUCUCCACCCCCAGGAGCCUCACCGAGGAAGAGAUCCCCGAUGUCGUCAAUCAGUUCAGAAUUGCUGCCCGAAAUGCUCUUGAAGCCGGGUUCGACGGCGUGGAGCUGCACGCCGGGAACGGCUACCUCCUGGACCAGUUCAUGAAAGACGGCGUGAACGACCGCGCCGACGGCUACGGGGGCAGCCUUGAGAACCGCUGCCGCUUCACCCUCGAGGUGGUGGACGCCGUGUCGAACCAGAUCGGACCUUACUGCGUCGGCGUGCGCCUCUCGCCCUACUCCGGCUGCCUCAGCUGCCGCGACUCGGACCCGGACGAGCUGGCCGUGUACAUGGCCCGGGAGCUGAACCGCCGAGACAUCCUGUACCUCAACGUGGUGGAGCCCGAGAUGUCGUGGGAGGGCGACGCCGGGGCGCUUGGGGCGGGCCAUCACAGGCUGCAGGCGAUGAGGGACACCUUCGACGGGACGCUGAUGGUCGGCGGAGGGUACGGCAGGGAGGAGGGGAACUGCGCCAUCGCGGAAGAGUACGCCGACCUGGUCGCCUACGGCCGCCUCUUCCUCGCCAACCCCGACCUGCCGGAGAGGUUCCGGCGGAACGCGCCGCUGAACAAGUACGACCGGGCGACGUUCUACACCGACGAUCCCGUCGUCGGGUACACGGACUACCCGUUUCUCGGCCAGACGUCCAAGGGGAAUGGCAUGAUGUAGCAAAGAUGCAUGCAUGAUACCUAAAGAACUGUGUUGCCGUUCCCUCAGUGUGGCUUCUUCUUUUAUUAUUUCUACUAGUACCGUCGUAUCAUAUCAAGAGAACAAUUACCGUGCUUAAUAAAAGGCAACACCAGUUGGAUGUUUUUCGAUGA